AUCGGGACUUGACGAAGUCAUACGAUCUAUGUACAAAUGGUACGCUAACUGUGCCGCUGUUGUGUUGGAUUCCAAUACUGAAUUCAAAGAUCGGUGUACGAGAGGUUGGUGUUCUAUAAGAAGGGGCAACAGCUGUUAUUCUGUACGGAUUUACAAAGGAAGUGAAGCUUUCCUCAUUGACGAGAUAGGCCAAAAAGCGACGCCACGAUCUUUGUACACUGCAUCUUCAUCCGAACCAUUGAUUAGGAUAUGCAACGAAAAUCCUGGCUAAUGCGCGUUCGAGAGACAAUACGCAUUGAAGAUAUGGCGUAUGCUCUGGAGGGAGUAUUUUUCAU